AUGCAUCUAGUCAAGACACAGGAGUCCCCUGCGGGCAUGUUUGAAAUCAUACAAUUCGCUGAUAACGAGAUCCCACCCUACGCUAUCCUGUCCCAUACCUGGGAGCAAGAGCAAGUUACUUUCCAGAAUAUUACAGUGCAGAGAUAUCGGAAUCUAUUAACUCUAUGUUUCGCUAUUAUCAGGAGUCUUCGGCCUGUUAUGCUUAUCUCUCUGAUGUAUCAUCAAAAAAAGUCCUUCGCAGAGAGCAAAUGGUUCACUAGAGGAUGGACAUUGCAAGAGCUGAUUGCUCCGUCUACAAUCAUAUUUUUUGACGAGAAUUGGAAGGAGCUGGGGACUAAGGCAACUCUUCAAGAAUCCAUAUCUAAAUGCACACGUAUACCUGAGAGUAUCCUUUCCGGGGAGGAUGGACUUGAUACAUUCAGUGUGGCACAACGAAUGUCCUGGGCUGCAGAGAGACAGACAACAAGAAUUGAAGAUCGGGCAUAUUGUCUAUUGGGUAUAUUCGGUGUCAAUAUACCGCUUCUCUAUGGAGAAAGGGAGAAUGCAUUCAUUCGGCUACAAGAAGAAAUUAUGCGUGUUUGCGAGGACCAUAGUCUAUUUGUGUGGAGAUGCUCCGACACUCGUGGUAUUCUUGCUACAUCGCCGGCUGCCUUUAUAGACUCUCACGAUAUUAUGCAAUUCAAUCCUUUUGAUACUCCAAACAGCCCAUUCACAGUGACCAGUAUAGGAGUUCAUCUAGAACUUCGCAUAUUAGGUGUUGGGCCUGGCGGACUGGCCCUGGCGAUUCUCCACUGCAAAAAACGUUAUGGCAAAGAUAAGCCAAUCGCUAUCUAUGUGAAAGACACAUUGCUGAAUAUGGAGCGUUUCACAAGAGUCCGGACUCCUGAAUGUGAGAAUAUCUAUCUGAAUCAUUUGGAAGCGUCUCAAUAUCCUCCGAGAAAGAUCUGGCUUCAAGCCAGUCGCAUCAUGCGUAUGCAAGAGCCAAAAGAUGGACCUUCACUAAGCCCCUAUUCUCGGGCAGCCUUGGCUUUGAUAGUGGAUUUCGAUGAGCAAGCAUCCCUUUUCAAUGCGGUGACGCAGGGGUCCCUGGAUAUUGCAUGGUUACUUUUAACCAAGGGCGAAGUGGAGGCGAACUUGAAUCGAGCUUGGGAUGGCUGUACUCUACUAUCAUGGGCUGCUGCAACCGGCCAAACCUCCAUGACCAAAUUGCUGCUUAAGAGAGGUGCAGCAGUCAAUAUAGAUGGGGGCUCCGGUCAAUCAGCACUUUCGUGCGCUGCUGAGAAGGGGCAUCUGGAGACCUACAAGAUCCUGCUCGGUGGAGGCGCUGACAUUGAUGCCAGGGCUGAGAAUGGUCAUCAAGCCAUGGUUCAAUUACUAUUUGAAGAGGGUGCCAAUACCGAGACAAGGGAUAAGUCGGGUAAAACACCCCUAUUCACGGCUACUGAGAGGGGCCAUGAGGCCUUAGCAGAGGAUAAAUGGGAUAGCACACCGCUAUCCCUGGCUGCUAAAAACGGCCAUGAGUCUAUAGUGAGGCUGCUUCUCGACGCAGGUGCUGAUGUUAGUGCAAAGGAUCACUAG